CAACUCCAUCACGUGUCGCGGCUUUUCGCAUUUCCCACCCGCUCCGGGAACGCUUUGACGUCUUGCUUUGACUGCCUGAGCUCUUGGCUCUGCAUGUCUCCAGUAGCACAUGAGGGUUCUCGUCUCCGAGAAUGCUCUAACUAUCGAGCUCGGACCGGCUGGUAGGAUACCGAUAGGCCGCGCCGCUCAUCAUCGUAGAAGUGCUGAUUCUCUCCUCGUGUUGAUCUUUCUCCGAUUCUCGGGUGGGGUCGUGUGUUUCAGUGGGCCGCACUCGGGCGCCAUUUCGUCAGACUAUGCCAUGACAGCGGCGCUCUCGAUCAACUCACCUAAUAUCACCGCAACUGCUUCCUCGUUCAGGCAUCCUGUCGUUCACCAUUUCAACUUCCUUUCUACUAUCGAUAAAAUUCCUCUGCAGUCGAAUACAGCGCUAUUUCAC